AUUUCUCCCCCUCAUUUUCCCUCUCCACGUUUUCCAGAAAUCCCGGCAGGAUGGGUGCGGCACCACCAUCCCUAUCGGUCCGAAUUCCACCAGCAUGCGCCGUCGCUCGAGCACUCAGGCUGCGUCCGUCAGCGUCUCGCCAACUGCGAUUCGAAGGGCUGCUAGCAAAACGCCAGAUGAGACUACAGGCUUAUCGUCGACGGCAGCGGUGAGAUCGAGCAUCGCCAGCAGAGCGUGCGACGCUUGUCGUGCUCGGAGGAGAAAAUGCCACUUUGACGGGUCUUCGCCCCAUGCUGAGGGCCCGUCUCCGACGCAGUGUCGUGAUUGCUGCAGACUCGGCAUACCAUGCAGCUUCCUGGUGCCCACGAGGCCGCGGGGACCUAAACGAAGGAAACGUCUCCCCUCAAUGUCUGAUAGGAGCGAGAGUGAGCUUCCCAAUGAACCGGAGACUCAUCAUGUAGAGACUGCCGAGCAGCAGUCUCAGCAAGUUCCUGAGCCUGCAGCUAGCAUUGAGCCUGUCCUCGUCUUGCCAGGUCAGACUCCUCCAUCAAGACCUUCACAAGCCAGGUCUCCCUAUGGCCCGCCUCAUUCUGCCCUUCAUGGCCCAUCUCCGCGUGCCGCAGCCCCGGUCCAAACGGAUUCGCCCUCGGUAGCCGGCGCUGGGUUCCCAACAGAUGAGUUAUGCUCAAGAGCACUCAUACACAUCUUGAUGGCAGAUUACCUCGAUUUGGUCUACCCGCUGGUGCCCGUGGUCCAUCGGCCCAGUUUCCGUCAUGAUCUGGCCACAAAUCGGGACAUAACUGAUCCGGACUUCUUUGCUGUCCUCAUGAGUUUGGCCGCGCUCACUGUCGGCUUGUUGCCGUCGCGCUUCCGUGACUAUAGGGCAGUUGACCCCGAAGCUGCGAUGCGCUUUGAAAAUAGGACUGCAAUGAUUAACUGUUGCGCGGAGAUAUGUACUCGACAACGGACUGCAAACUACUGGGACCACAUCAACCAUCGGAAAUGGGCAGUGUGUUAUGUUCUUUCCGUCGCCUGUUUUCAAACAGGUCAGGUCAACCGGAGCCGGAUGUUCGAUGUGGAGUACUUGCAAGUUUCGCGACUUCUUGGGCUGCAUCGCAUUUCCGAGUAUGAGGGUCUCAACUGCAUCGAGACCCAAUUACGGAAGAAGGCCUUCUGGAUGCUCUUCUAUGGCUACGCGCAUACUAGAGUCCAAGCAGGACGCUGGGAAAGGCUGACAUACUUUGGGCCUGGUGAGCUACGUGAGGUCAACUACGAAGCUCUCAUGCCCCUCGACAUUGACGAUGAACAUAUCUUCAGAGACAGGAUCCUAGACCCCGUCUCUCCAAUGGCAUCACACGGAACACCAUCCGCACAUGCGCAGGAACCCCGAGCCACAUUGACACUCACCAGCGGCUUCAUCAUCCAUUCCCGGGUAUUCCACAAGGGCCUCCAAGAAGCCAUAGCCACAUUGGGCUGCGAAUGUGAGCUCCGUCGCACCCCCGCCGCCCGUCUAGCACGCAUGCGCGAUCUUCUCCAAGAGAUGAGAUACAUGCUCGACGACGUUCCGGGCCCCAUGCGGCAAUGGGCUUCCAACGAUGGGGGUACCGAUGCGGCCCCCAGCACGCCGCGGUUUGAUGAUGAGAGAGCUACAGCUGCCGCAUCGAGCUAUGGCAGCCCGGCAGACUAUAGCCGUGCUCCGGAGGCCGGAUCCUACUCACAGGUGAUCCAGGGCCAAGCCGAGAUCAUGAGGGCCAACAUCCAUGUCACGCAUCUGUGGUUGCAGAGCUUGCUGCUGGAACAAGUCGACGGUGUGACACAAGAGAGCGCGAUUGCCAACCCCUCGACAACUGGACGUGAGGAAGUAUCGGCCGCCCUGAAAGCGAACUGGGCUGAGCGUGAGGAUAUUUGCCGUCAAAUGCUGCACUUGCUACACAGCAUCCCAUACAUUCACCUGGAACCAAACGGACUCUACUUGGCGUACAAGGUUCGCGAUGUAGCUGUAACACUACUUAAUUGUCCGUUCGAAGCCCACGAACGGCCUGCCCGUCGGGCGGUGGAGUACAUGCGGGACUUCACUCGCGCGUUGUCGCGCCUCGAUCGAAGUGAGAUUGUGAAUACGAAUAGUCUGAAAAGCUGGAUCGAUAUCGACCGGGAGCCUGCAAUUUGACAGGAUGGUCUACAGCAUUUCGGCAUCGACAGGUGGGACGCUAAAUUCACCAAGUCAAAAGGGCUGGCCUUAUCGGACUAUGGAACGGUGCUACGAAUUCACAAUCAGAGUCACAUAUAAACGGCAUUCAUCCUAUCUCAAACUAGAAUCGUAUUGAAAGAUGAUCAGAUCAUAUGUGGUUAUGUCAUGCGUCACUAGUAGUUGGCGUGCUCAAGCGUCAGUACCUCCAGCGGCUUACAGUGUUGCGUGGCGCAUCGCACCACCUUCAACGCAGCAAAACAGGC